UCCAGGCAUGGCCCUGGGCCCCUUCAAUCCCCAGCCCUUUGGCCCUGUGGGGGUGCAGACAGCCUAAGCAGCAGCACCCCGGACCUGCCAUGCCUCCGACCCCGGCACAGCCAGCCCCCGGCUCGGAGGUGGUGACCCCCGCGGUGGACCUGGUGCUGGGCGCCUCGGCUUGCUGCCUGGCUUGUGUCUUCACCAACCCCCUGGAGGUGGUGAAGACGCGGCUUCAGCUGCAGGGGGAACUGCAGGCCCGGGGCACCUACCCGCAGCCCUACCGGGGCUUUGUGGCCUCCGUGGCCGCCGUGGCCCGUGCGGACGGGCUGUGCGGCCUGCAGAAGGGGCUGGCCGCCGGCCUCCUCUACCAGGGCGUCAUGAACGGCGUCCGCUUCUACUGCUACAGCCUGGCGGGCCAGGCUGGCCUCACCCAGCAGCCGGGGGGCACCGUGGUCGCGGGCGCUGUGGCUGGGGCGCUGGGGGCCUUCGUGGGGAGCCCUGCUUACCUGGUCAAAACGCAGCUGCAGGCCCAGACGGUGGCUGCGAUGGCCGUAGGGUACCAGCACCAGCACCAGAGCAUUCUGGGCGCCUUGGAGACCAUCUGGCGGCAGCAGGGCCUGGCGGGGCUGUGGCGGGGCGUGGGCGGGGCCGUGCCCCGAGUCAUGGUCGGCUCAGCCGCCCAGCUGGCCACCUUCGCCUCCGCCAAGGCCUGGGUGCAAGAGCAACAGUGGCUCCCCGAGGACAGCUGGCUGGUGGCCCUGGCCGGAGGCAUGAUCAGCAGCAUCGCCGUGGUGGCCGUCAUGACCCCCUUCGAUGUGAUCAGCACCCGGCUGUACAAUCAGCCGGUGGAUGGCGCUGGCAGGGGCCAGCUGUACCAGGGCCUUGCCGACUGCCUGGUGAAGAUCUGGCGGCAGGAGGGCCCGCUGGCGCUCUACAAGGGCCUGGGCCCCGCCUGCCUGCGCCUGGGCCCCCACACCAUCCUCAGCAUGCUGUUCUGGGAUGAGCUCCGCAACCUGGUGGGGCGGUGCCGGCCCCGGGACCCCUAGUGCCCCCCCACUGCCAGGGCUCUGCAGCAGCCGUGGCCCACUCAGGGAGAGGGGGCGCCCCGACCUGGCCAGGUUGGGGACCGUGCAGAUAAGGCGCCAACCGCGUGCCUCCCAGGCCAGAGCGCGGCCCUGAGUCACCACCCGCUCUGUUCUCCAGAAAGUUCCCUUCCCUCUCUCUGCCCUGGGUCACUGCACCCCAGCCCGACUCCUGCUUAGGUGACUGCUCCAGGCCGGGCCCUCCAGCAACGCGAGCCCGGCCGAAAUCCCUCCUGGGAGGACGCCAGUGCUCUGGAAGGUGACCUGGCUGCCGCCCAAGCCACCCCCAGGGUCAGCCAGGGCUGGAGCAGGACUCACCUGCCCCACUGCACCCUCGGCCAGGCCACCUCUGUGCCAGGCCCCCCGCGGCUAAGGGGGGCUUGAGGGGCAGCUGCUGGGGUGCACCGUGGGGCUGCUAUCUGGGGUCCAGCCCUGAGAGCAGAGACCCCUCUUACUGCUGUGGGGAGAUGGCCCAGCUAGGGAGUCACAGGGCCGGUCUCUCCUGGGCUUCUGGCCCCCCAGGGUCACCCCGCAGGACACUGUCAUAUUGGAUCCCACCCCCUGGGGCAGCUGGGAGCUAAAUGACCUCGUUAGAGACCGGAGGUGCCGGGAGGAGGCCGGCGCUUCCAUAGUUGAACUUGUGCGGACACGGCUCAGCCACGACAUCAGCUAAGGGCCCGCGGGCCGCCGCUCCACCGUGGCCGUGGUUUAGACGAGGAGACAGCCCGGGGCGGAGAGAGCUGGUGUCCUCGUCCCACGGAGUCCACGGAGUCCUCAUCCUUUCCCCGGGCAGCAGCCACCCUCCCCGGGCUGGCUCCCUCAGCCAGGCCGACCUCUGCGCUACGGAGAGGACCCCCGGCCCGAGGGGAGCUGCCCGGGGCUACCCCACUGUACACUCCAAUAAAGCUUUCUAUUUUGUUUAC